GGUUGCGUGUGUUUCGGUUUCGGUGCCGAAUUUUCAUUGUCGAGAAUUUUAAGUUGAUUCCAUGUGGUAACAGGCUGCUUAAUUUCAUUUGAAAAUUUGCGUGAGCCUGCAAAAGUGAUCUGUUCGAAUCAAAGGAAACUAACCAUACGUAACAAUGGCGACGGAACGAAAAGGUACUUUUAAGGUAGAAUACCUCCAGAAAAUCGAACGGGAGAUGCAAGAGCGCUGGGAAAAAGAGAGGCUACAUCAAAACGAUGCCCCGGAGACUGGGAGGAAAAAUUCCGAUGAUAAGUUUUUGGUUACUUUUCCUUUUCCGUACAUGAACGGCAGAUUGCAUUUGGGUCACACCUUUUCAUUGUCCAAGGCGGAAUUUGCGGUGCGUUACCAAAGGCUGAAAGGGAAGCAGGUCUUGUUUCCAUUCGGUUUUCAUUGCACCGGUAUGCCAAUCAAAGCUUGUGCCGAUAAACUUAAACGUGAGAUGGAAGACUUUGGAUGCCCGCCGGUUUUUCCAAGGGAUGAUGAAAUAAUUGCUGUUGUUGAAGAGAAAGAUGUGAUUCCGAAGGAUAAAAGUAAAGGAAAGAAGAGUAAAGCUGUGGCAAAAACGGGCGGGGCCAAAUACCAGUGGCAGAUUAUGCAAAGUCUAGGUCUCUCUGAUGAAGAAAUUAAGAAGUUCGCUGAAACCGAUCACUGGCUGGAGUACUUCCCACCGCUGGCCAUUCAGGAUUUGAAGUCUGUAGGGUGCCACAUCGACUGGAGGCGCACGUUUAUUACGACGGAUGCCAAUCCCUUUUUCGACUCGUUCGUUCGAUGGCAGUUUAACCAUUUGAAGGCACGGGGAAAGAUCAUGUACGGUAAAAGGCAUACAAUAUUUUCGCCUAAGGACGGACAACCCUGCAUGGACCAUGAUAGAUCUUCCGGAGAAGGUGUUGGGCCACAGGAAUAUACGCUUAUAAAGAUGAAAAUUACUGGCAAGUUGCCGACUAAGCUGGCCGGCUUGAAAACAUCCGUCUACUUGGUUUGCGGUACGCUAAGACCGGAAACCAUGUACGGUCAAACGAAUUGUUGGGUACAUCCGGACAUUAAGUAUAUCGCGUUUGAAACCACUCGCAACGGAGAGGUUUGGAUAUGCACGAGGCGAGCCGCUAGGAAUAUGGCCUAUCAAGGUUUCACUGCUGUUGAAGGUGAGGUGAAAGUAAUUGCUGAAUUAGUGGGACAAGAAAUUCUCGGUUUACCUCUGUCUGCUCCAUUGACUCCGAAUAAAAUUAUUUAUACGCUUCCGAUGUUAUCUAUUAAGGAGGACAAGGGUACCGGUAUUGUUACUUCGGUUCCUUCCGAUUCUCCAGACGACUACGCUGCUCUAAUGGAUUUACAGAAGAAGGCAGCAUUCCGCGAGAAGUAUUCGCUUACGGAUGAGAUGGUUCUGCCAUUCCAACCAAUUCCGAUUAUAGAGGUUCCCGGUUUGGGUAAACUUAGUGCCGUUACUGCGUGUGAAAAAUUGAAAAUUCAAAGUCAGAAUGAUCGCGAAAAGCUGACAGAAGCUAAAGAGUUGGUCUAUCUAAAAGGAUUUUACGAUGGCAUUUUACUGGUGGGUGAACAUGCCGGUAAAAAAGUUCAAGAUGUUAAAAAGGAUCUCAAAAAGUAUCUCGUCGACCGAAACGAGGCGGACGUUUAUUAUGAACCGGAAAAGACGAUCAUUUCCCGUUCGGGAGAUGUUUGCGUUGUAGCUCUCUGCAAUCAAUGGUAUCUAAACUACGGGGAGCAAAGCUGGCAGAAGGUUACCACCGAUCAUUUGAAGACAGUGGAAGUGUUCCACGAUGAAGUGAUGCGGAACUUUGAGAACUGUCUCGAUUGGCUGCAUGAAUAUGCCUGCUCGCGUACAUACGGAUUGGGUACGAAGCUUCCAUGGGACGAACAGUGGCUGAUUGAGUCCUUGUCGGAUUCUACUAUCUACAUGGCGUUCUAUACGGUUGUCCACCUGCUGCAAGGUGGUUCCUUCCGAGGAGAGAAGCCAAGUCCGCUUGGUAUUACACCGGCGGAUAUGACUGCUGACGUUUGGGAUUACAUUUUCUUUAGUGAUGCAAAACUGCCGGCCGGUAACAAAAUUAAAGCGGAACAUUUAGAGCUAAUGAAGAAGGAGUUUAACUAUUGGUAUCCGGUAGAUCUUCGCGUUUCGGGUAAGGAUUUGAUACAAAAUCAUUUGACGUUUUUCUUGUAUAACCACGUUGCCAUUUGGCCAAACGAUGCAUCUAAGUGGCCUCAAGGAAUACGCUGCAAUGGGCACCUGUUGUUGAAUUCGGCUAAAAUGUCCAAGUCGGAGGGUAAUUUCCUAACGCUUUACGAAGCGAUUGCCACCUUUAGCGCCGAUGGCACGCGGCUCUGUCUGGCCGAUGCCGGCGACAGCAUCGAAGAUGCGAACUUUGUUAUUAGCACUGCGGAAGCAGGCAUUCUAAGACUGUACACUUUUAUCGAAUGGGUUAAGGAAACGCUGGCUUCGAAAUUUGCACUGCGAAAGGGAAAGCAGGACGACUUUAACGAUAGUGUUUUUGUCAGCGAAAUGAAUUUAAAAACUAAGGAAACGGACGAAUUCUAUCAAAAGAUGCUUUUCAAAGAGGCUCUCAGAACAGGUUUCUUUGAAUUCCAAUCGGCACGAGACAAGUACAGAGAAUUUUGUGGAUCCGCUGGAAUGCAUGUAGAUUUGGUAGUGGAAUUCAUCCGUCGACAAGCAUUGCUGAUUGCUCCGAUCUGUCCUCACGUUGCGGAACAUGUUUGGGAGUUGCUCGGCAAUAAAUCCAGCAUAAUGAAAGCAUCCUGGCCACAGGUUGGAGCAAUUGAUGAAAGUAAAAUCAAAUGCUCUGCAUAUCUGUUGGAUGCCGCUCAUUCGUUCCGUUUGAAUUUGAAAAGUAUGUCUCAGGUUAAAGCUAAAGCUGGGAAAUCUGCUCCUCCGGUAAUGAAACCGACUGACGCCACCAUUUGGGUAGCGAAAUCGUUUCCACCCUGGCAGUCUUGCGUGCUGGACACAAUGCGAGAGCUGUUUGAAAAACAAAAGGGUCUUCCGGACAACAAGCAGAUUGCGGUUGAGCUGGGCAAAAAAGAAGUUUUGAAAAAAUACAUGAAACGUGUGAUGCCCUUUGCGCAAAUGAUACGAGAACGCGUUGAAUCCGCGGGAGGUCCGGGAAAAAGUGCGAUGAAUGUUACGUUGGACUUCGAUGAGUGUGAAGUAUUGCAGAAAAACAUUGACUAUUUGAAGAAUACACUCGAGCUGGAAUCGCUGGGUGUUAGGUUUACUGACGAACCGGAUGCGCCGGAAAAAACGAAGGAAGAAGUUCGUCCUGGUGUUCCUUUCAUCGUGUUUACGGUGAAACCCUGCGUAGCAGUUACAUUAGAAAAUCCGGUUGAACGUUCAGGACUUUUUACUGUUAAUCUAAAUUUGGCAGAAGGCGAUACGAGUAAAACCUUUAAGGAAAAACUGGCGAAACAACUCGGAUACAAAGCCGAUUUAAAUGCUUUGGAUAUCUUGCGAUAUCAAAAUCCGGUAAUGGGACCACGGAAACUGCCUGUUUUCCAGGAUUACCGUAGUGGAAAAUUGAGCCUAGAGGAUGGAACACUUAGUAUUGAUGCGAAUAAGAAAGAAGUCUUUUUGUCAACUGGAGCAGCACAGAACUUGAGUAUUGGAACGGAUUUUAUUUAUGUUAUAAAUUGAGCAAAACUUGGUGAUGAGAAUCGGUAAUUACGAUGUUGGCCUGCCGAAGGUUUAAA